AUGCAGAAACCAUUCUGGGCACCAACAAAUCCAAAAAUCUAUGGAAUGAUGGAUAUUUUGACAAUGCUGCCACUCGGUUACGCAUCCUACCGCGUUUUCAAGUACGGCGGAGGUUUCGAGUUCAACGGCAUAACGGCAAUGGCACUUGGACUUUACGGCGCAAGCCUCGUUUUCGCCUUCCAUUCAAUGCCAUUCAUCAAAGCAACGUCCGGUUGUACGGUUGGACCAGAAUUGCUCCCUGAUCGUAUGUAUAUAACUCCGCUGCCGCGCCUCGCUUGCCAGUUCUUUUUAGUGCAAAAUCCAUACACAGUUCUGUCCAUGUUUAAUGUGCGACAAUGUUCCACGCAAUCAUUUGGUGUCAGCCGGGGGGUUAGCAGAUUCCGUGAAAGCUUGCCGGAUGGAAUGCAGCACAAUAUGGUGCGGCGUUUAGAUUACAUGGUCUGCAAAUACAGCCCUGCUCCGCGACAACACCAGCUCGUUCACACAUCAUCGGGCCGACUGAAGAAGCUUCCGGACUAUUUGUAUUCGUUGAUUUGUGAAAUGGUAAUUCUGACAGUCGGCAUGAUUUGCAGCUCAUCAACAUGA